UAGGCGCGCAAAACUGACAUUUGAACGUCGUUCGAACCAACUAAAACAGUCUUAUUGGUAUUAGACUCGUUUAAAAAAUCAAACCGAACUUUUUUUUUCUCACUCCAUUCAAAGUGAACGGUUUUGAAGCAUACAAACUAGGAUAAUUAGUUGCUUUUGAUCGAAUUGAUAGUGCAUAAAACUGUUAUUAAUUUACUUGUUGCACCACGGACACAGCACGGAAAAUGGAAGAACAAAAAACAAUGGAAUUGGAUAUUCCGAAAACAAAAAAGCACUUUGAUGCUAUGGUACACCGAAUCAAUGCCGACAAAUUGCGUGAUAUGUUAAGAGAGAAAUGUCGAAUACGCGUCCGAGAAUCGCGUUCAAAUAAAUUCGAUGUGUCACGUACAUUUUUGGAAAAUGAAAAGCAAUGGCUGACGGACAUGUUGAAAGGACAACUUACCGAACUCGAGAUGGAUCUACUGUUGGAAGAUACAAUGUUGCAAGAGCUCAUCGAAGAGCAAUACCAAUGGAUUCUUGAAGAGUAUGAACGGUCAUUGCAUGACAUUGAUUUAACCGGCGAUACGAAAUCAAUUUUGGUUAUGUGUCCAAUUUGUCAAAUCUGUGAAUUGCACAUCACAAAUCAUUUGUUGCAUUGCAAAUGCGGUUUUCAGCAAGCAUACAGCGGCACAUUGGAAGAUUUCUGGAAGAAGGUUCAAUCAAACGUGGUGGCACAUGAAGAGAAAUGUUUGUCAAAGCUAUUGUUCUUUCUGGAUCCAAACGAAUCGGCGUUGAAUUUGAUGUGUAACAACUGUGAUUUUCUUGCCUUAAUCGAAUGAGUUUAUUGCGGCCGUCUUCAAUGAGUUGAAGCCAUUUUUCAAUUCGUUAAACCUAAAGUACUGAAAGUUGUCGAUAUUAUAUAGCAUAGGGUAGUCGCCCAAAGGCCUAAAAAUACAGAAUUGUUGAUACAUUUUUUUCGGAUUUUUCCUAAAAGUAAGAAAUAAAAAGGAAAACACUCAUUUGUUCGUUUUUGGAGAUAAAUGUCAUUGUUUUUAUUAUCAAAUCCAUUUGAAAUUAAAUUUAUAAACAUAGAAUACAA